AUGGCCCUGCCCAAACUCCGCGGUGAGCAAAGGGGUAAAGGGGUGACAGGAAUUUGUUGCCACAUCAGCACCCCCAAUUGCCUGAAUCCAAAAAGGUAUGGCUGCAAGGAACAUCCGCAUCAGGCGGAUCAUUCGAUUUACAUUUCUUUGGGCAGUCAAUUUAGUCAAUCACAUCAACUAACAUGCGAUGUCCUCAGGAACGUGCCCAUCUUCAUGCCCGAGCAUCUGCCCAAGUACCUCUUCCAGCAGGGCCACGAAUCCUAUGACCACCGCUGGGCGGGGAGGAGGAUGGAUCCCAGGACCCAGACCCUGUGGCCUGAUACUGAGGAGUCGCCCUUCGAGGAGAGGAGCAUCGACGCCGUGCAUCGGAUCCUGCAGUUCAGCGAUUAUUUCCGGUUCCCGCAUGUCCAGUACUUCGCCUCUAUCCCGGACUUGCUGGAGAGGUUGCCGCAGUCCGACUUUGUGGAGAUCUCCCAUUCCAUGGCGGCCUUCAACCAGGAUGCUCUCAUCGAGACGGGUGCCACAUGGCGGCGCUUGUUGGACUCUGUGCUUUGA